AUGUCGGCAGGCGAGGAGCGGGAUGGUGAGGCGUCAGCGCCUGUAUACGUGUACGAGUCCAAGGUCCACUGUGCCAACGUGCUGUUGAACCUGGAGGAGCAGCGACGGCAGGGCAUCCUGUGCGAUGUGACCGUGCUGGUGGAGGGCAGGGAGGUGCGUGCACACAGGGCCGUCCUCGCCGCCAGCAGCCGCUACUUCCUGCAAGCCCUGCUGGGUCACAACGGGUUGCCAGUCGAAACUGAGCCCAUCAUUAACCUGCCAGACAAGGUGACGGCUAAGGGGUUUGCUCCCCUGCUCCAGUUUGCCUACACAGCCAAGCUGGUUUUAAGUCGGGAGAACAUCCACGAGGUCGUCCUGUGCGCUGACUUCCUGGGCGUUUACAAUUUAGAGGACUCUUGCUUCCGGUUCCUUCAAGCCCAGUUACAGAACGACAGCCAGCACGCCAGUAAUGGCAAGCAGGAAUAUGACGAUGACAUCACGGCGGAGGAUGCCAGCUUUUCUGAGACGAUAUCUUCGGACGACUCUACAGAAUCGAGGCAGCAGACCAAUCACGUACCAAGCACUGCGUCGCUUCCCACUGAUGUUGCUCAGUGUUCUAAAUACAGGAAGUAUCAGAUCUGCGAUGACAAGCACAAGGGAGAAGACCAUCAUGGCAGUGAUUAUGUCAUCUUGGCCAACCAUAACUCAGUCAGCCCUGUGAGCUCACAGCUCAGAGGCAGCAGCGGUGCCCCACAAACUCUUCUUACACCCUCUCGGAUCAAAGAGGAACCAUUUGUGUUCGAGGAAGAAGGAGAUGAAAGGAGUGGUUGCAACCAAGAAUUGUGUACCGAGGAUGUACUGGAGAUGGAGCUUGAGGUAGAAGGGGUUCCAGUAGCAGCCGAGCACUCUCCGAGCCGAGGGUCACCCUCUUCCUGCCUGCACUCCUAUCUGCAGAGAGGCGGCCUAGAUCUCAGCGGCAUGCCCAGCCCCACCAUCCAGCAGCUACUCACCAACAGACUGUCCCUCAGCCACUACAAGGAGCUGGUCAAAGACCGGCAGAGGGAUAAGAGGGAAUCUCUGGGUCGAGUGGCCCUCAAGACCGGCAUUGCAGAUGUCACGCCAACAGAGCUUACUGGCAAGAACAUGGAAAGGCCAGUGUCCAAACCGUCCUGGGAGCUUGACAGAGCCAGUGUCAUUUUCUCCUCAGCAGCUGGCGAGCAACAAAUGUUGGCCCAUUCUUACAUGGAUGAUACGUUCAGAGAAGAGGUCACUACCUUGAUGCAGGUGGAAGUUCCUUCUUCUGAUCGGUCAUGCCUCACCACCAGCUGCCCUGUUCCCAUCAAGACAUCAGCCCACUCCCCUUCCCCUUCCGAGCCCCGAACACAGACCUCCAGCUCCCGCUCCUCCUUCUCUUACCCAGAGGACGCAGGCAGCGGCAGCUCGCCUUUCAACCUUCCCCAGUUUGACUUCUCCUCAUCGCCGCACUCAGGCUCCACAUCUGGACUCCCUCACUGCCUGGCCGGGGUAAUGGAGCAGAGGAACCCCCUCAGCGGUGAGCUGGUCUUCUCUCAGGGUUGCACCAAUAUCAAAAGUGAACAGGGGUUUGGGGCCAGUGGUGGCAACUCCAGCGAUGAAUCGGGCUCCUUCUCAGAGGGAGACAGCGAAAGCGGCAUCUCCAGAAUCUCCGGCCCAGAGGUGAAGCUACCCUUCCCCGUGAACCACAUCACCAACCUGCCACGCAACGACUUCCAGAUCCUCAUCAAGAUGCACAAGCUGAACUCGGAGCAGCUGGAGUUCAUCCACGACAUACGCCGACGCAGCAAAAACCGCAUCGCCGCCCAGCGCUGUCGCAAGAGGAAGCUGGACUGCAUCCAGAACCUGGAGGGCGAGAUCCGCAAACUGGUGUGCGAGAAGGAGAAGCUGCUGAGCGAGCGCAACCAGCUGAAGGUGUGCAUGUCGGAGCUGUGGCAGAACCUCUCCUUCCUCUCCCAGAAAGUGUGUCGGGACGGGACACCUCCCGUCUCCGCCAGCAUCGACCUCACGUCCAACCCUCCGUCACCUUUUUCUGACGAGGGCUCGAGGUCACCCAGGUUGUCACAAGGUGAUGCGGUGCGUCUGACCAACGGGGUUCCCGGCGGUCAGGCGGGCCUGGAGGAGUCAGGGCUCGGACAGGAGAACCCCGAGUGUCCACUGGUGCUUGGAUCCACAGAGGAGGUAUGUAGCCCAACCGUAACAGUGGAUUUCUGUCAGGAAAUGACUGAGAAAUGUACAACGGAGGAACAGAAGAGACACAACUGUACUUAG